AACAAACAAACAAUCCCAAGCACAAUGUACCCCCAGAAUGAAAUGAUAGCUGGCAGACCGACCCAGGCGUUGUAGAUAAACGUUGAUACAACUAGGCAACAUGGCGGCUAAACCUUUAUUGAUAAUACUCGGUUUUCUUUCUCUCGCCUUUGUAAAAGGUGAUUUGGCGUGUUAUUCGGACAGCGAUUGUGUAUUAUCCGGGUAUCAUUGCUGCUCAGGGUCAAUAUACUGCUGUCCAGAUGGGUACAUCUGUACCGGAACCUUGACUUGUAUCAGCAUUGGAGUCAUUGUCGGUCCAAUAGUUGGCGCCAUCGUCCUUAUCAUCAGCUGUGUGGUCUGCUGCGUCUGUUACCGUCGUAGAAGGAAUUUGCCCGCAACAGCAUCAUACGGACAACAAGCCCAGCCUCAAGUAGCAGUUAGUUACGGACAACAAACGACAUAUGGACAACCUCAGGGAUACGGACAACCUCAAGCAUACGGACAACCUCAAGCAUACGGACAACCUCAAGGAUACCCCCAGAGCCCUCCUGUGAAACAAUGAGAACAAUUCCUGAUAACGAAUGGAUGAAUGAUGAUGGAGUGACUGUUUUUUUUUCUUUCAAAAGUGUCCAUUACCAACUUAAUUCUAUUUGAUUUGAUGAUUCCAAUGUAAGUCGCCCAUGUUGUGUGCUUUAUAUAUGUACAUUGUAUGUCAUAUCUUUAAUAAUAGACAAAAUGAGAAUAAGUGCGAAUGACGUUUUAGAUUUUUCAAAAUUAUUCAACAUUGUUUUCAUAUGUUAAUUUUAAAUACAACACUUUUGUAUGCUUUCCCUGGAUUUUUUUAUCUACAUUUUAAAAACAAACAAACAAACAAACAAACAAACAAAACAAUAACAACUUUAAGGUUGUUAAAACAAAGACGUUCACUUAAACUGGGAUAUUACUUAAAAUUCAUUAUAUAUAUACAUUGACAAUUUUUUUCUAUCAACUGCUAUUAUAAAUUCCAAUCUGAAAUAUGACUGUGCCUACAUAUGAUAUACGUGUAAAGACCCUAACUUGAAAUGAAUAACAAAGUUCAAUUAUAUCUUUUGAAGUGUUUGACAAAGAAAUAUUAUAUUAAUCUUUGAA